AUGGCUACUACGGCCGAGGGAGCUGCCUCUUGGCUCCUGAGCAAGGAGCCCAUCGCAAUCGGCAUCUUUGUCGUCUACUUUGCGCUCAUCGCAACCUUCUCAUACCUCGUCUACCUAUCUGUCACCGAAGAUGCCAAGCUGGAAGAUCUGUUCUCUGGCAGACCAUUCCUGUUCAUCAGGCUGGCAGUUGCAGCUUUAGGAUGUACCUGGUACUUCAUGAUUGAGUAUAUGAAGUGGUCCUUCCGGAACUAUGCAUCCGCGCAUCGAGGCGCAACCUUUGGCCAAUGGCUGCUCAAUACCGCGCUGUUUGAGGAAGCGUGGAGCAUAGUAUGUGAUGGACCGGCCAAAUGGUGGAUCAGCUCCUGGAUUUGCAUCUGGAGCGUGUUCUUGACUGCGGUGAUAUACCGCGAGAGCCCUCGCCGCAACAUCAAGUACCCCUGGGCGUACCUCAUCCUCGGCAUGCUCGUCGCCAUCUCGGUCGCUACUUCGCUAUACCUGGCCGCCAUCUACCUGCAUCCCCGCAAGGCUGGCAGGCGAGGAGCUUACGACCGCUUCGCCAAGCCAUCCUUCUACCUCUGCCUGCCUUUAUCGCUAUACACCAUCUACCGCAUACCGUCGGUCACCGGAACCCCGCUAUUCCUACCGACACUGCUGCUCAUGCACGUCUUCCUCCUCGUCCCCUUCAUCUCCUUCAGGCGCAUCUACAUUACCAUCUAUCUGGCGGCCUUCCUCUUCUUCAUCACCAACACCGCCGCUCUCAUCCCCAUUAUCCCAGCGUCCGCCAAGAACGGUCGGUGGCUCUUCGACCAAGCCUUCUCGCAUCCCGCCCAGGGGUCGAUCUCCAUGGACGUCCUCUGGACCGCCGUCACCGUUUUCUUGUGGUACCUCGUCGGCGGUAGCUUUGCCUCUUCAGUCGGCAAGUCGGCUAUCCUCGCUGGAGUAAGCCUGGGAGCGGUUCUCAAACACUACGGGAUCAACUGGGGACUUCUGGCGAGUGCCGUCCCCAUCCUCAGUCUGCUCAGCUUUGGUGUGGCGUACCUUGCGCUGAGCCGAGUCCGGAGCAAGAAUGCAGAGAGGAGGAAGGAGCUGCUGGAGAGUAUGGGAUUGAAGGAGAACGUCGUCGUGCCGGGCACAAAGGACACGCCGCCCUCUCGAGCUGGGAAGAAGCUGAUUGUGGGAUUCUGGCAUCCAUACUGUAAUGCUGGUGGGGGAGGUGAACGCGUUCUUUGGUCGGCCCUGGCCUAUAUUCAGCGCACUCAACCCGAGACCGUAACCCUGAUCUACUCCGGUGACUAUCCGGCGGCGAGUAAGGAGAUGAUCCUGGCCAAAGCCAAAGACCGCUUCUCGAUCGACAUCAACCCCAAGCUCGUCAAAUUCAUUCCUCUUCCAUCCCGAUACCUCAUCAGCGACAAAUACUGGAGCAAGCUCACGCUCCUUGGACAGAGCGCGGGUAGCGUGUUCCUCGCGUGGGAGGGGCUAUGCGGGAAGCAGGGAAUCUGGGGCGAUAUGUUCAUCGAUACUAUGGGCCACGCAUUUACCUACCCCUUUGUCCGCCUCUUCACCGGCAGCGAGAUGGUCAUUGCCGCUUAUACACACUAUCCCACCGUAUCUGCCGAUAUGGUCCGGCGCGUUCGGAGCCGGGAAGCUGGCGUAGAGAGCGGAGGUCGGAAGCCCGGAUGGAUCAGGACUGUCUUCAAGCUAGUCUACUACAGCAUCUUCACCCGUCUGUACGCCACCUCCCUCCUGUUUGCCGAGAGCAUCAUGACCAAUUCCUCCUGGACGCAAAAUCAUAUCGAGACGCUCUUGACUUCAGCAAAGAGGUCAAUCCUCGCGGCUGUACUUUUGUUGGACGAAAAGACGGAGCAGAAGAAGGCGGAGCGAGGGGAUAAGGUGUCGAAGCGGGAAUGCAAGGUGGUCUAUCCGCCAUGUGAUGCCGAGAGCUUGACGAAGAGUCGGCUGGAAAAGCGGGGCAGGGGGAUGGUGUCUCUGGCUCAAUUCCGGCCCGAGAAGGCUCAUGCCAAGCAACUAUAUGCUCUCGCCGAGCUGUUCAAGCUGCAGCCAUCAUAUCGUCAGGGGAAUGACAAGGUCACCUUGACCUUGAUGGGCGGUGUACGGGAUGCGGGUGAUCAAGCGAGGCUGGACGAGCUGAAUAUAUUGGCAGAAGAGCUGGGCAUCACGGACAAUGUGGAGUUUGUUGUCAAUGCCCCAUACUCUGAGAUAGUCAAGCGGCUGAGCGAGGCGAGCAUCGGUCUGAACACGAUGCAGGAUGAGCAUUUCGGGAUCAAUGUGGUUGAAUUUAUGGCGGCUGGUCUUAUACCGAUAGUCCAUGCUUCUGCUGGGCCAUACAAGGAUAUUGUGAUCGCGCGGAAAGGCGAUAAGACAGGGUUCCAUGCGAAGACUGCCGAACAGUUCGCUAUAGCCAUCCAAGCAGCAUUGACUAUGUCCCCAUCGGAAGAGAAGAGGAUGCGGGAUGCGGCUCGAAAGUCAGCGAUGGAGCGGUUCUCGCAGGCGGAGUUUGAGAAGGGCUGGGAGGGGGUCUGGGUCCAGCUGUUGACCAAAGUCAGAGAUAGGAUAACGUACUAG